AUGGAUAGUGCUAGCGUAGCCCCAUCCUCCGCGCGGGACCUUGCCGAGCGUCUCCUUACUAGGAACAAUGAACUCGAAGAUCAGCUCCGCAAGUCCGCACAAUCCAAAGUCCCAUCGGAUCCCAACAUAUGGCUUCAGAUGCGUGACAACUUUGAGAAGAUAAUUCUCUUAGAUCAUGACCUCUCUGAACAGAAAGAGGUAGAAUAUCUCCUGUGGCAGUUGCACUACAAAAGAAUUGAGGACUUCAGGAGGAACAUUAGUGCUGCAAGCUCAGUUGCAUCUAGUGGGAAGAGCAACGCUAACCCAGAUCGAGUCAAGAGAAUUAAAUCAGCCUUCAAAAGCUUCCUUUCAGAAGCAACUGGCUUCUAUCACGACUUGAUGUUAAAGAUCAAAUCAAAUUGGGGCCUUCCACUCAGUUACUUUCCAGAGGGCCUUGACAAUGCAAACAACUCUGUGCGAGAUGACAAGAAAACAGUUCAGUUGAAGAAAGGUUUGAUUUCAUGCCAUCGCUGUCUGAUAUAUUUGGGAGAUCUUGCUCGUUACAAGAGUUUGCAUGGUGAUGGUGAUUCUGCUAGUCGUGAAUAUGCAGCUGCUUCUAGUUACUACAAAGAGGCAGCUUCUAUCUACCCUUCCAGUGGCAACCCUCAUCAUCAGCUUGCUAUACUAGCUUCUUACUCAGGCAACGAGGUGGUAGCUGUUUAUAGGUACUUCCGAAGCUUAGCUGCAGAUACUCCUUUUACCACUGCACGGGACAACUUGAUUAUUCUUUUUGAAAAGAAUCGCCAAAUCUAUGGACAGCUGCCAGACAACAACAAAGUUCCCAGUGCUAAGACAUUACCCCCACGGUCAUCUGGUAGGGGCCGAGGACGGGGAGAAGUAAGGUUUCAGCCAAAAGAUGUUAAUACUGAAACAACUGAAAGGGAACGGGAGUGCAAUAUUCAUGAUACAUUGAAGGCCUUCUAUAUACGAUUUGUCAGGCUCAAUGGAAUUCUUUUCACGAGGACCAGUUUGGAAACAUUUGGGGAGCUGUUUUCUUCAGUUAGCAAUGAUUUGCAGAUUCUCCUUUCUUCUGGUCUUGAGGACGAGCUUAAUUUCGGUUGUGAUGCUGCAGAAAAUGCAUUAGCUGCUGUUAGGCUUACUGUCAUCCUUAUAUUCACAGUACACAAUGUAAAGAAGGAACCUGAUAGCCAGUCGUAUGCUGAAAUUGUGCAACGCAGAGUACUGCUCCAAAGUGCGUUUACAGCUGCUUUUGAUUUUGUUGGACGAAUUCUCAGAAGGUGUUCAGAGCUCCGUGAUAUCGCAUCAAGCUUCUAUCUGCCAGCCAUUCUGGUGUACAUUGAAUGGCUGGCGUCCCAUCCAGAGUUGGCUGUUGAUUCAGAGAUGGAGGAAAAGCAUGCAAAUGCCAGAUCUUUCUUCUGGAACCAAUGUAUCUCAUUUAUGAAUAAGCUGAUCCUUACCAACCUUGCAUCUAUGGAUGAUGAUGAUGAUGAGGCUUGCUUUUCUAAUAUGAGCAUUUAUGAGGAAGGUGAAACUGGCAACAGGCUUGCCCUUUGGGAAGAUCUUGAAUUGAGAGGUUUUUUGCCCUUAGUUCCUGCACAUACCAUUUUGGAUUUUUCAAGCAAACACACAUUUGGAAGUGUUGGAAGCACCAAGGAGAAGAAAGCACGGGUUCAACGAAUUUUUGCUGCAGGGAAGUCACUGCUGAACUUUGUUCAGAUCGAUCAGUUGAGGAUAUAUUUUGAUCCAUCUUCCAAGAAAUUUGUCAUGGCCAAGAACCCUCCUGUUUCUAAAGCUAACAACCCUCUUCAUGAGUCUCCUGAUGCACUUAAAACAAAUGGCGCUGACAUGGAUCAUGAGGCUGCUAGAAGAUUUGACUCAGUUUCCUCUAAUAUGGACACACUGCAGUCUAAGGUGCACUUUGGUCCUGAUGGUGACGAUGAUGAAGAAAUUGUUUUCAAGCCUACAGCUUCUGAAAAGUUUCCGAAAGCUCCUUCAGACCUGUCGGUGAAUGGAUACACCUAUCCUGUACCAAUGUCUGCUGCUGGCUGGCCAACCAAUGCUAGUUUAGUGUCUGUUCAGAGCACUGCAUCAAUGUCUGCGACUGGUUGGCCAACCAAUGGUGGGUCACAUUCUUUUCUAGCUGCUGGUAAUUAUAACAUUAACCAGUCGCUUCCCAGGUCUUCUGUUGGUUGGGCUGUCAAUGGUGAGCAAAAUGUUAUUCCUAGCAUUGCUCCAAGAUUUGAACUCAUGCAGCCUGUUGAGGAGCCUGCUUCCAGCUGGACAAGCAGUGGUGCACAGCAUGUUGGUCCUCAGCACACAGGUUUAACUUUCCAAGAUGUUGUCUCUGAACCACAUGUAUCUGCAUCAAUGGUUCAACGUUUUAGUAGCCCUGACUAUUCGAAAUUUCUCAGUGAACAAGAAAUGCUGUUAAUGAAUGGACUGAAGACUGUCAACAUAACUGGAAAUGGCUAUCUAGAGCAGAGAUUGCAUGCUGGAUUGAGUGGUGUACAGUCUAUUGGGUAUUCGUCUACUGAACCUGCUGGUACCACUAAAAACUCGAUGCAUAAUCAUGUGAACAUUACUGGAGAGACCGUCCCCUCUACACUUGAUUCAGUUGUACCUUCAAUAGCACCAUCAGGUGGCAUGCCAAUGAAAUUCACAGAAGCACCACUAACUGCUUUAAAGAAGAACCCUGUUAGUCGUCCAUCAAAGCCUGUUGGGCCACCUCCAGGAUUUAAUCAUGUAACCCCGAAGCGUCAAGAUGAUUCUAUUCUGGUUGAAAAACUGCAGAGCCCACAGGUCGAUGAUUACAGCUGGCUAGAUGGCUAUCAGCCAUCGAUUGAUCAUGUUAACAAUUUAAGAGCUGUUUAUCCUGGUGUCAGUGAUACUAGCACUGCAUUUUCCACUCCAUUUCCAUUCCCUGGGAAACAACAGGUCUCUGGGAUACAUGCACAAGGGGCCAAUGAGAAGACAUGGCAAGAUUUCCACCUUUUUGAGCCUUCAAAACAGAAUAUGUUCCAAAAUUACCACCAAAGAAAUCAGCAAAGUGGUCAAAUAGCUGAACAAGAGCCAUCAAAUUCUAUCUGGUCUAGCAGUUACCAUGUGUGA